CAGAGAAAAGGAAAAGGGUAUCAACAACAAAAAUGGUAGCAGUUGGUAUUGACUUGGGCACAACGUAUUCCUGUGUUGGUGUCUUCCAACAUGGCAAAGUGGAAAUCAUUGCCAACGAUCAGGGCAAUCGCACAACACCCAGUUAUGUUGCCUUUACAGACACCGAACGUCUGAUUGGUGAUGCCGCCAAGAACCAGGUGGCCAUGAACCCGAAGAACACAGUCUUCGAUGCUAAACGUUUGAUUGGUCGCAAAUAUGAUGAUCCCAAGAUAAUGGAAGACAUCAAACACUGGCCCUUCAAAGUGGUGAGCGAUUGUGGUAAACCCAAAAUCUGUGUCGAAUUUAAGGGUGAACAGAAGCGUUUUGCUCCCGAGGAAAUCAGUUCCAUGGUCUUGACUAAAAUGAAGGAAACGGCUGAGGCCUAUUUGGGACAAAGUGUUAGCGAUGCGGUAAUCACGGUGCCAGCCUAUUUCAAUGAUUCCCAGCGGCAGGCCACCAAGGAUGCUGGACGCAUUGCCGGGUUGAAUGUCUUGAGGAUUAUCAAUGAACCCACAGCUGCCGCUUUGGCCUAUGGUCUCGAUAAGAACCUGAAAGGAGAACGUAAUGUUUUGAUUUUCGAUUUGGGUGGUGGUACCUUUGAUGUCUCCAUCUUGACCAUUGAUGAAGGUUCCCUCUUUGAGGUUCGGGCCACGGCCGGUGAUACCCAUUUGGGUGGUGAAGAUUUCGAUAAUCGUCUGGUCAACCAUUUGGCUGAGGAAUUCAAACGGAAAUACAAAAAAGAUCUUCGUUCCAAUCCCAGAGCAUUGCGCCGCCUGAGGACAGCUGCUGAGCGUGCCAAACGCACCUUGUCUUCAAGUUCGGAGGCCACAAUUGAAAUUGAUGCCCUGUUUGAUGGCAUUGAUUAUUACACCAAAGUCAGUCGUGCUCGAUUUGAGGAAUUGUGUGCCGAUCUCUUCCGCCAGACAUUGCAACCGGUUGAGAAGGCUCUCAAUGAUGCAAAGAUGGAUAAGAAUGAUAUUCACGACAUUGUUCUGGUUGGUGGUUCGACACGUAUACCCAAGGUCCAAAAUCUGUUGCAGCAAUUCUUCUGUGGCAAGAAUUUGAAUUUGUCCAUUAAUCCCGAUGAGGCGGUGGCCUAUGGUGCAGCCAUUCAAGCAGCCAUUUUGAGUGGUGAUAAGAGCAGCGCCAUUCAAGAUGUCCUACUGGUGGAUGUGGCUCCACUCUCCUUGGGCAUUGAAACUGCAGGAGGUGUAAUGGCCAAGAUAAUUGAGCGCAAUUCACGCAUUCCAUGCAAACAGACUCAAACCUUCUCCACCUAUUCGGAUAAUCAAACAGGUGUCACCAUCCAAGUGUUCGAAGGUGAACGUGUUAUGACCAAGGAUAACAAUCGCUUGGGUACUUUCGAUCUAUCCGGUAUACCCCCAGCACCACGUGGAGUACCCCAAAUUGAGGUUACAUUCGAUUUGGAUGCCAAUGGUAUUUUGAAUGUCUCCGCCAAGGAAAUGAGUUCCGGCAAUGCCAAAAAUAUCACCAUCAAAAAUGACAAGGGCCGCCUAUCGCAAGCCGAAAUCGAUCGCAUGGUCAGCGAUGCAGAGAAAUAUGCCGAAGAAGAUGAAAAGCAAAGGAAUAGAAUUGCAGCUCGUAAUAAUUUGGAGAGUUAUGUGUUUGGGGUAAAACAGGCAUUAGACCAGGCCAGUGGUGAUAAGAUUUCGGCUCAAGAAAAAGCAGAGACUUUACGGGCUUGCGACGAUACCAUUAAAUGGUUAGAUGCCAAUCAUAUGGCCGAACGUGACGAGUACGAAGAUAAAAUGAAGGAGAUUAACAAGAUUUGUACACCGAUUAUGACGAAGUUACAUGAUGCCGGCGGACCGAGUGCAUCGUGUGGCCAACAAGCGGGAGGAUUUGGUGGUGGACGUGCUGCCGGACCAACUGUGGAUGAGGUGGAUUAA